AUGAGCAGACGCAAGUCCCCCGCCCUGGUGGGCAUGGCGGGCGAGGAUCGCCUCCUGGGCGAGGAGGCCUUCAGCUUCGCCAUCCGCUACCCCACGACGGUGUUUAGCCGGACCAGAGACCUGCUGGGCCGAUCAGCAGCAGACCCGUAUGUCCAGAACAUGCUGGCGGCAAACCUGCUCCCGUACGAGCUCGUGGACCAUCCAGAGCGCAAGACGGCCAUGGCAAAGAUCAAUGGGUCGACCGCAUACUUGGCAGAGGAGCUAGUGGCCGGCGUGCUGCAGUACGCGAAGCAGAUCACGGAUGCGCACGCGGGUGUGCCCAUAGUGGACGCAGUGAUCACUGUGCCGGCCUGGUUUGGCAUCGCGCAGCGGCAGGCGCUCAAAGACUCGGCCGUGCUCGCGGGCCUCAAUGUGUUGGCCCUGGUGAACAGCCACUCGGCCGCGGCGCUGCAGUUUGGCAUUGAGCGGGACUUUGCGGCCAAGGAGCAGAAGGUGAUCUUCUAUGACAUGGGCAGCGGCAGCACUGAGGUGGCGCUUGUCAAGUACUCGACCUACAGCGCCAAGGAGCCCGGCAGCAGCAAGCCUAAGCCGAUCAACCAGUUCGAGGUGCUGGAUGCGGACUGGGAGGCUGACUUGGGCAGCAACGCCCUAGACAUGCUGCUGACGGAGCACUUUGCCGUGAAGUUCAACGAGAAGUUUGGCCUGGGUGAUGUCAGGCAAGUGCCCAAGGCAAUGGCCAAGCUCAAGCGCCAGGUGCGCCGCACCAAGGAGAUCCUGUCUGCCAACAGCGACGCCCCCUUCAGCGUGGAGGAGCUCCACGAGGGCCGCGACUUCCAAUCCUCCAUAAAGCGCGCGGAUUUUGAGGAGCUCGCGGAAAAGGGCGGCUUCUGGGCGCGCGCGGCGGCGCCGCUGCAGCGCCUGCUGGAGCGCAACAACCUUAAGCCCUCAGACAUCGACGCCGUGGAGCUGCUGGGCGGCGGCAGCCGCGUGCCGCGCCUGCAGGCCGCCCUGUCGGAGGCCCUGGGCGGCCGCUCCCUGGACCGCCACCUGGAUGCUGACGAGGCGGUGGUGCUCGGGGGUGCGCUGUUUGCAGCCAACCUCAGCACCUCCUUCCGGCUCCGCAAGUUUGGCAUGACUGAUGUGGCGAUGUACGGCGUCACCUGGAUCAGCGAUGACCUCAGGGGCGCAUCCGCCGCCGACGGCGACGAGGAGCACUCCGACCCCAAGGAGCUGUCCUCAAAGCAGUUGGGGCCCCUGGUGAAGAGCCUGCUGCCCACCGGCAAGAAACUGCCCAUCAAGCGGGCCGUCAAAUUCCACAACCUGACGGCCGACGCCUUCUCAUUCCGCCUGGAGUACAACACCACCGCGCGCCACGGCCUGCCGCCGGGCCAUGAGGGCGGCCCCGUGAUCGCGUCGUAUGAUGUCACCGGGGUGGCGGACGCCGUGGCGAGGUACAACCACAGCGGCGUCACCGCGCUUCGCUUUGACGCGGACUGGAGCGGACUGGUUGCGCUGGACAGGGCGGAGUGCGUCGUGGAGGUCGAGGUGAUGGAGGAGAAGACCAUCCAAGUGCCUGCAGAGGGCCCUGACGCGGCCGACGGCGCCAAGGACGCAAAGGACGGCGCCACCAAGGACGCAAAGGCGGCGGGCGACGCGGCGGCCGACAAGAAGGGGGCCGCGGGCGACGAGGAGGCUGCCGCCGGCGGGGAGGCGAAGGGCGCAGAGGCGCAAGGCGAGGGUGGCGGCAAAAAAGAGGAGGGUGACAAGAAGGCGGGUGACAAGAAGGAGGACAGCAAGCCCAAGACGGUGACCAAGAAGAUCUUAGUGCCCCGCACGAAAACGUUCCACGUCGGCCUCAAGGUCGGCGGCCCGGGCCCCGCGCACGCGCCACUGUCGGGCGGCCUGCUCACCGCCGCCCAGGCCAACCUGACCGCCUUUGUCCUGCGGGAGGCAGUCAAGCGCGACACCGCGCGGUCCAAGAAUGAUCUGGAGUCUUACAUCAUCGCCACGCGCGAGCGGCUGGAGGACGAGGCCUGGCAGGAGGUGUCAACCGAGGAGCAGCGCUCUGAUUUCAGGGAGGCCCUCAUGGAUGCAGAGGACUGGCUCUACGGGGAUGGCGAGGCGGAGGCAGCGGCGGGCUUCAGGAAGCGCCUGGCAGAGCUGCGGGCAGUGGGCAACCCGAUCGCGCGACGCGCCGCCGAGCUGGCGGCUCGGCCCAAGGCCGUCGCCGCCGCGCGGGAGUCCGCUGAGCUGGCGCUCAAGGUGGCUGGCCUGUGGCACGAGACGAAGCCCUGGAUCAAUGAGACCGAUGCCGCCGAGAUGGUGGAGAAGCUCAACAAAUUCCUGUCGUGGCUUGGCGACCAAGAAGCCGCCCAGGCCAAGCUGGCCGCCCACGAGGAGCCCGCGUUCGAGUCCCUCUCGGUCACACUCCGCUGGGAGCUGCUCAGCAAAGCGUUCGACCGGCUGAACAACAAGCGGAAGCCCCGGCCGCCGCCCUCGGCUGACAAGAGCGCGAACAAGACGGCGGACGCAGGCGCAGACGCAGGCGCCGGCGCCGGCGCCGGCGCCGGCGCUGACAAGGAGAAGGCUCCAGAGGGGCAGCAGCAGCAGGCGGAGGGCGGGGCGGAGGCAGGGGAGGAGGGGGCUUCGACGCGGGGUGACGCGGAGGGCGGGCGGCAGCGGGGGGAGGGCGGCGGCGCCGAGGGGGAGGAGCUGCCGCCGCAUGACGAGCUCUGA